AUUUUUUCAGGUCAUGCAUCUCAAGGAAAGUGCUGCUAGUUUCUCCCCUCCUCCCGCACCUGCUCAUCGGAAGCCUAUGGCAAAGAGUGUUGAGCAAGUGAAUCAACCUCCUAUAACAGCAACUGAUGGCCCAGCUUCCAGCAUAGAUUCUGUUAAUGAUGCGAAUAACCAAGAGGGAGAAGCAACUGAAGGCUACUCAAUCUACAUAAAAGGCUUGCCUAUGAGUGCAACUGUGGCGUUACUUGCAGAUGAGUUCAAGAAGUUUGGGCCUAUCAAGACUGGAGGCAUUCAAGUCAGAAACAGACAUCAGGGAUUUGCGUUCGGUUUUGUGGAAUUUGAGGUGGCAAGUGCUGUGCAAAAAGCUAUUGAGGCAUCUCCAAUUUCAAUUGGUGGACGCCAAGCUGUUGUUGAGGAAAAGAAGUCUACAAAUUCUCAAGGUAACAACAGGGCUAGAUUUCAGUCCGGAAGGGAUUUUGGUUACAGAAAUGGAGUAAGAGGUCGAGGAAACUAUGGAGGUGGCAGGGGUUACAGUCGAGGUGAUUUCGAAGGAAGAACUGAGUUCAAUAACAGGGGUGGCAACCGUGGCUGGCCAUCAAACUGUGGUGGGGGCAAUGGAUACCAGCGAACUGAUAACACAGGUGGCAAUGCUGCACGACCGAAUCGUGGAGGAGGGAUGCCUAAUGGAACAGCCAAACACACAACAGCAUGGGUUUCUACUGCACCAGAAAUAUAGUAGCUUAAAAGCGAAAUUUGAACUGAUUAUAGUAAUUCUGAAAUUGGCAUUUUCUAACCGUUGACGUCCCCGGGUAGGAGAAGUUUUGUCAGGAGCAACGAUAGUUUUGCAAGAGCUCUUUUUGCUAAUUUUCAGUUCCCUAAUUUCCCCUAUAAUUGGUAUAGGUGGGGUAGGAAUUGAAGGUAGGAAUUUAACUUUAGGUAGCUUUGGUUAAGUAGUAUAUAGGGUAUCUAAGUCCCUAGGAAGAGAUUAUCCAGUCAUUUUUAUAGCCCUCUAUAUAUCAGUUGAAUUAUUUUUGUUUGGAGGCUAUGUUGUGGCAAUUGUGGAAAUGAGUUUAUAUUAGCUGUUAAUCUCU